AUGACGCUGCAGCAGAAAUUCAGAGAGACCGAAAGGGGUCAAGUCCCAGGCAACCCGCUCACGGGUUACCAUGGAAACACUGAUUUCCGGUCUGGUCCUUUCCCAAAUCAACUGGCCGAAACAACCUUUAGAGCAUCUGCUCGGUCCGCGCGAAAUUUGUAUCCUUCUGCGGCUGGCUUCGCUCUCGCGGAAGGGUUGCCGGGGGCGGAGGCAGAGGUCCGGGAGCCGGGGGCCCCCCCGCUCGACCUGGUGCUCCGUUCAGCCCUUCCGGUGGCCGAGAUGGGAGAAGGAGACGGGCGGGGCGCGGCUCCGAGAGGCGCGCGGAGGGCGGCGGGCCGCGGCCCCCCUGCACCAAAGGCCGCCUCGGUGCCAGCCCGUGGCUUGGCCGCCCACAGAAGCACCACCACCACGUUCGGCAAGUCACGGUUGCUCUUCCCCAGGGACCAGGCCCUGCGGCUGCUGUGGGGCGGCUCCGUGGCGGGCAGCCGCGCCGCUCGGUACGGGCCCAGGGACCGCUCGGCGACCUGCUCUGACCACUUCGCUCCCGCCAGUUUUGACGUCUCUUCGGUGAUCCAGAAGAACCUGCGUUUCUCCCAGGGCCUCAGUCUCGUGGCGGACACCGUGCCUACCUUGCACCUUGUGUCCUCUCCCGCACCUCGGAGGAACACGGGGGGAGACCUAGCGGGCGCCCCUUAAAAGCAAGGAGAGCCCCAGGCAGUCAGGCAUUCGGAGGCCGCCCCGCGUCCAGCCUCCUGUACACCUCCGGGCCAGGAAGAGGUGUCCUGUGUCCCUCAUCAGGCACAGUUGGCCACCCCGUGGAAGAAGCCCUUUCAGAUUACAUUUGAAAAUGAAAUUACACAAAUAGAAGUCUAUGCUGACAAUCUAUCUAAUGAUGUCACUUCAGUACCUGCCCACUGCGAAGAAGGCCCAGUGCAUAAAAGUACACAGAUUUCUCUGAAAAGGGCUCUUCACCAUUGUUUAGGUAUUCAGGUCACAGUGCAAGUGUUUGUGAGACUAUGGUGUAUUGCAACUACUCAGAAUGAUAAGCUAUGGUCUAGAACUUCUGUCUUUGACAUUUACUCCAGUGACUCAGAAACAGAUUCACACUGGAACAUCAAGAGUAAACAGAGUGUUGAACAGAGUGAGUUGUCUAUUAUAGCUGUGCAAGUGAAAGAAGAGACCUGUUAA